AUUCAAUCACAAUAAUGAAUCUCCAAUUUCUUGCCUCGAUUCGAAUUCUACCAAUUUUACUCAUUGGACUAACAUCUGCACAAGACGAAGUGUCUCAGUGCAAUUACGUCGGACUUGUCAAAUGCUUCAUAAACAUUUUGGACGAAUGGGCAUGGACACUUUACGAACUGAAAGAAAACGUCGUCACUAUUACACAGGAUCAAUGUGAACACUUGAAAGAGUUAGACAAGUGUAUAAAGGAUGACCUUCCAGUUGCUCACCAAUGCUCACAUAAUGAAGUUGUACAAGUUUCCAACACCGUCUCCGACUUGCUCACUCAUAGAAAAGAUUCAGGAUCAUUCUUGAGAAGUUAUUAUCUUCUCACGUAUUCUUGCUCUGUAGAAGGCCAAGAGAUUUUGAGCAAGCAUCGUGACUGCUUGAAGUCCGAAAAAAUUGGUGAGAUGACACUUUCCGCUGGUACAUACCUUAGUGAGAAGUUUUUGGAGCACUCGCAAGAUGACGUCUGCGAGGCAGUUAACCGAAAAUUACAAGAGUACAUUUCCGCUCUUGGCGGUCUUUGCAGUAAGCACGAGGCUGCUCAUCUUAUGUGCCAAUCUUUAAAAAACAUGUUCACGGGACUUCAUGCCGACAAAUUGGACAGUUGCGUUUUGGACUGCAAGAUUCCAGAGAACAACGACGAGGAGAGCAAAGAAGAAGUUGCUCUUACAUCUGACGCUCAAGAUGAAGAAAACCUCGAACAGCAGCAAUCCGAACAGGAUGCCCUCCGACCAGCUGACUCGUCCAGCAUAGCCUUUUCCCUAUUUUCAAUUAUAUUUUAUGUCCUUUUAAGAUAAUUUUCUCCUGUGAGAUUUUCGAACUGUUGAGGAGUUUACCCAUCACUUUCCAUAAGCGUUUCACUUUUACAAAGGUUUUGAAAUUUUGAACUAAUAGUAAGCAUUAUUAAUAUUAGAAUCCAUUUCAUGGUUCCUAGAGAAAACAUAUAUAUGUAUUAUUAUAUUAAAAACAUUAAAAUUUGUGUGACAAAAAAAUAAAUUGUAUAGGAAGUAUGAAUAUAAUGAUAGUGUGUAAUAUAAGUAUUGUGAACAAUUUAGGAUCAUCAAUUGUAUGCAUUUGUGGUGAAUUUUUCUUCAAAUUCCAAGUCAAGUCCCGAUUUCUUCUCCCAUAUGAGCUUUGCUUUGUCAAUUAUAAUAUUGUGUUUCUCAACUGAUGGCAUCUGGUAACUGUAACAUUGUAAACGCCUUGCCGUAAUAUUUACUUUUAAUUUUUUGAAAAUUAUUAUUCUACGUUUUCCCCUCAAAAUACCGCUCAUCUUUCAUAAACACUGUCAAAUAAUUAGGAAUGCGUCAGAUAAUUUUUGAGCGUAAGUUUUUUGGAAACUGUAACUUUGAUUUUUAUAAUAGAAAUUGCAAUACUUCAAAGUAGUGUGUUUAUUGUGUUUAUCUCAAUUUUAAUGUUUUAUUAUUUCUUACAGACAAUAAUAAAAACUACAAAUGAAA